GAAGUCUUCAGAUCUUGUCAAACACCAUGCAAGCUGAGCAGUUCAAGUCCCAUUGAUUGACAUGCUGAUUGACACAAAAGGGGUGAUGGGAGUCAAAAAGAAAUCAGUAACUUAAAACCAGCUUUGUGGUUGGGUCAUGGUCCUGUAGUGUCAAACGCCUUCUGUUAAUGUCUAAAUUAUUAUGUCACAACAAGGCUAACUAGGCCAAGUUGACGACGCUCACACUAAAAUAACCAACUCAAUAUUACCAUAUUGUCUGCCCCCGGACUGAGCAGAAGGCGUCUAGGUGGAGUUUUUAAAACAAGGUCCUUGAAGUUUUGAUAACUUAUCUUUCACACGCAUGACUCGAGCCUCACCAUGGAGUCUUUCCUCCUGCUGAUCCUCCACCAGACUGCUUAUAUUCAGUAUAAGAUGACAGCUAUAUCUGAUUUCGUUACCCUUUGUUUGUUUCCUCUGGCUUGUCUUGUUCCUGUAGUUUAACACACUUUGCAUGAUGCAGGUCUAUAGGGUUUCAGGAAAUACUCACGAUGAGACAGUGGUGCAACUCCUGCCAACCCACAACAACCCUUCUGGCCUUUAAAAAACAAUGCAGCUCUGGCCUGUGAUAUUUGGGGCUGUCCUAGCCCAGGUUGGUGCUGAUGUGUGUCCAGAUGCAGGCAGAUGCAAAGAGGGUCAAACCUGCUGCCACAGCCCAACUAAUGGGUUUGAAUGCUGUCCAUUUGAUCAGGCUGAAUGCUGUGAGGAUCACAUUCAUUGCUGUCCAGCAGACACACUCUGUGAACCGACAAACUCUCGAUGUGUGAACGCCACGGUCUCCAUCCCAUGGGCAGAAAGGGCUUCUGCAGAUCAGCCACAAAUCUCCAAAUCCUUUAGGAUGAUCAAGUCAUACACGGGUGAGGACGACGAUAAUGUCUGUGCCGACCAGUCGCGAUGUCCUUCUGAGUUUUCCUGUUUGAAAGCUUUGACCAGAUACGGCUGCUGCCCUUUAGCAAAGGGGGUCUCCUGCCCUGAUGGGAAACACUGCUGUCCUGAGGGCCACCGGUGCAGCAAUGCUUGCCGCUCCUGCAUCAAAAAAGACGUUGCACCUAUAGUUCUGUGCGACGACGACGUGUCUGAGUGUCCAGAUGGAGCGUCCUGCUGUGAAAAUCCAGACGGCAUGUGGGGGUGCUGUCCAGUCGCUAAGGCUGUGUGCUGCGAGGAUAAGUUACACUGCUGCACUGAGGGGACAGUGUGUGACAUCAAACACAGGAAAUGUAUCUCUGAAUCUAACGCAGAGUCUCCGAUGUGGGACAAGCUCCCUGCCCGGUUGAGAGCAGACUGGGAGAACCAGAAAGAUGGUGAAAGGGUUAUUUCCAAGGCAGCCGAGCAUGCUGAACUGGACAAAUCCCCUGAAAGCACCACAGUGAGUUCAGUUCCCUCUUUUGAGAAGGACGGUUCUGUAACGGCAGAAACAGACAAAAGUGUCCCCUGUAAUGAGACAGCAGCAUGUCCAGAUGAUAACACCUGCUGUAAAACUACAACUGGAGACUGGGCCUGCUGUCCUCUGUUAGAGGCGGUUUGUUGUGAGGACAAGGAGCACUGCUGCCCAGCUAAGACCACAUGUGACCUGACCACCUCAGCUUGCAUCAGCGGUUCAGACUCAACACCCAUGAAGCAGAAAAUCCCUGCACUUACUGAAACUUCCUCCACUGUGGAAACUACACUUCAGAUGACAACCCCAACGCAGGUUGUCCAGGUAGAAGAGGUUUCUACACCGGAGACAGAGGAGAAGGAUGAAAAGGAGGAGGAGGAGAAGAGCAUGGAAGGGGUGAAGGACAGGGUUCCUUGUGACGACCACACCAGCUGUCCUGACGACACAACAUGCUGCUUCAUAGCUUCUCUUAAGAAGUGGGGCUGCUGCCCGCUACCGAAGGCGGUGUGCUGCAGUGACGGGGCCCACUGCUGUCCCUCCGACUACCAGUGUGACGAGAGUCAAACCUCAUGCAUCAAAAAUGAAGUGGUGAUCCCAUGGUACACCAAGAUUCCAGCCACCAUCAACGUUCAGGCUAUUCCCAGCUCAGUGCAAAGCAAGUGUCCCAAACUCAAAUCCUGCUGUAGGCUGUUCACGGGCGAGUGGGGCUGCUGCCCGCUGCAAAAUGCUGUGUGCUGCUCUGACAUGGAGCACUGCUGCCCUCAGGGUUACACCUGUGACAUCAUCUCCAAGUCCUGUCAGAGGGUCAUCAUGCUGGAGGUGGAGACCAUCCCACUGACACCAGUCUAUCAGCUGGAGCACCACCUCCAGCUCACAAAGCACAGAGACAUCCUUUGUGACGACCACAUUAAGUGCAAAGAUGGCGAGACCUGCUGCAGGGCGUCUGCCACCUCCUGGGGCUGCUGCCCAUCUCCUAAUGCGGUGUGCUGCAGCGACAUGAAGCGCUGCUGCCCCACUGGCUACAGAUGCGCCGCAGAGGGCACCUGCAGCCAGAACUCAGGGUCCAACUGGCACAACUGGGACUUCUUUCACACCAAUAAGAAGAGAGCUCUAGUUCUGUGAAAACCUCGCUGUGCUGAUUAUUUGCACAUGCAGUGAAACCAUAGGGGUGAACAUGAAUAUGUUUGCUCUGAGAAUAUUGUAAAUGGUGAAGGACGUACUACUUCUUAACGAGCAAGUCACCCCCUACAAGAAACUUACUUCACUCCUACUUCAUGUUUGAAAAAUGCAACAAAUGCUGUUGCUUGGCAGAGCGGGAGGGCGGAGCCACUAACAAAUACACACGCACACAGGCUCACAACGGCAUUAUGACAUCAUAAUGUACCAGAUGACAUCGUAGCAUACCUCUUAGCCAAUAGCGGUGGUGGAUUUAAAUUCAGAUACAGUGCAGAAUUUUCCCUGACGACGGCGCAACACUGACAGUUUUAGGCAUAAUAUUUGAAUUUUAACCAAGAUGCACUGAAGUGCCAAAUUAUUGACUACACGUGUCUGCAGCAUGAUUAGACACUCCUUUAUAUAGUUUAUCAGCAAAAAAAAAGUGAUUUGGGGGUGACUUGCUCUUUAAGCCACACUGCAUUUAAACAAUAUUUUACUUAUUUAUAAAGUACAAUCAAAUGAAUAAUGUCACAUGGAAAAAUAUUUACUGAUCAUCUUCCUUCUCAUUUGAAAAAAUAAAGUAAUUUUGUGCUUGAAGCAACUCAACCUAUCAAGAAUUUACUGAUUUCUGUUUUCCAUUAAACCUUUAAACAAUAAACGAUUUUGCUAAAAGUUGUUCGUUGCUCGAUGUUGUCUGUCAGCUACACCCCGCAAACAAGAUUAAAAUCACUUUUAUUGACAACUGAGUGUUCAAUCUAGCCUGCUUUUAGUAAUAAUGACAUGCUAAUAUAAGAUGAAAAUGUUUUAAUAUAUGUAAAAAUGUUGUCCACCUUCAGUUAUUUAUAUUUUACAGAAAAUUAUAGUGAUUCAUGCAUUAAAUUGUUUGCAAUUUGUUUGCAAAUGAGUAAAAAAGAUUUUUUAUACUGUAGCAUACCCAAAGGCCAGUAUUUGCAUCACCAAUGACCAGAAAUUCACUUUCUAAUUUGCAGACGCCCCUUCUGUCUGGCCUCCAAACAGGAAGGCACCGCACAAGACCUUGUCA